AUGAAAGGAGCGCGUGAGCGGCGCUUGCUCUGACUUCCUCGCUCAUCGGCAGCUACAUUGUGUGGAAAGCAGCACGUUGUUGGCUUCUGCACGCUGAACUUUACGCCGAAUAAACGUUCUCCUGUUCAAGGAGAAACCGGAUUCAAAGCUACCAGAUAUUCUCUCAGACGUCUGUAAGUUACCCCAGCUUGCGAAAACAUGUCGGCCUCGGCGGCAAAAGUGAGUAAAAAGGAGCUGAACUCAAACCAUGACGGAGCGGAUGAGACCUCCGAGAAAGAGCAGCAAGAAGCUAUUGAACACAUUGAUGAAGUUCAAAAUGAAAUUGACAGGUUGAAUGAGCAAGCAAGUGAGGAGAUCCUCAAAGUAGAACAGAAAUACAACAAACUCCGUCAGCCAUUCUUUCAAAAGAGGUCAGAACUGAUCGCCAAAAUCCCCAACUUCUGGGUCACCACAUUUGUCAACCAUCCACAGGUAUCAGCCCUACUGGGGGAGGAAGAUGAGGAAGCGCUUCAUUACCUGAGCCGAGUGGAGGUGACAGAGUUUGAAGACAUCAAGUCAGGCUACAGAAUAGAUUUUUAUUUCGAUGAAAAUCCGUACUUCGAAAACAAAGUUCUUUCCAAAGAGUUCCAUCUGAAUGAGAGCGGAGACCCAUCUUCAAAGUCAACAGAAAUCAAAUGGAAAUCAGGAAAGGACCUGACCAAGCGCUCCAGCCAGACACAGAACAAAGCAGGAAGGAAGAGGCAACACGAAGAACCAGAGAGCUUCUUCACUUGGUUCACUGAUCAUGCCGACGCGGGCGCUGAUGAGCUCGGGGAGGUCAUCAAGGAUGACAUCUGGCCAAACCCUCUGCAGUACUACCUGGUUCCUGAUAUGGAGGAUGAAGAGGGUGAAGGUGAGGAAGAUGAAGAGGAUGAGGAGGGUCUGGAGGACAUUGAUGAGGAAGGAGAUGAAGAUGGUGAGGAAGAUGAAGAGGAUGAUGGAGAAGAUGGAGAGGACGACGAGGGAGAAGAUGACUAAGAAAACCACCAUUUACCAAGACCCUCAACCUUCUAUUCCCUGUUCAGUUUUUCCACUCAUGUUCGGGAGCAAAGGUUUUAUUUUAUUUUUUGUUACUUUUUUUUUUUUUUUUUUUUAAUCCGUGUGUGCUUCAUUUUCCAUUCUGAAGCCUCUUUCACUUGUUGGUGCCAUGUUUUGUUAUCCCUCGACUCAUCUAAGGCGAAUGGCACUUUGCCCUGAAUUUUGAGUACCAUCCCCCUCAAGUCAUCUAAAAAUGAUAAUAAAAAUGUCUAAAAAAUAGAAUCAGCACGGCAUCCUAAGUAGAUUUGAAGACUAUUCACACAGAAGUUCUUCUGUUCAAGGUUGUGUGGUAAAUUGAUUAAAGCCAUGGUGUAGUGACCUAGCGCUAGCAGACCUCUCAAUAUUUUCUUUCCUUUUUUUUUUUUUUUUUUUUUUUUUUUUUUUAAAUUUUAUUUUAUUUUUUUUCUUCAUUUGGGAUGUUGAACCCUUAAAACUUAUUUUCCCCUACGUGCUUAAUGAGUACCAGCUCAUUCCUUUGACUUGUAAUGUUUAGAGGGAGGGCAGGGUGGGGCAGGAGUAUGUUGGAUAUUGGGGAGAGUGGUUAUUUUGACACCAUUUCUAUGGGACUUUUUUUUUUCAUUGUAUUGUUUUACAGAUAUCCAUGAGAUUUGAAAUGACAUUUUUAAUAAAGAACAAAAUGGAAAAAAAAACAAGCUUGUAAAUUUUGCCCCCCACUGCUUCAUGGGUUUAAAAAAUGGACCUGUUAUCUCAGAAUUUACAUUUAAUCACCCUUUUCCUUUUUUCGCUUGGGGUGGGGGGGGAAGAAAUUGUUUUAAAUUUGAGGUGUACAACUUGCUUUGUUACAAUAAUAAAACUUACUGUGUAUACAUGUGUGGGUGCAUUCAAAUUUAAGAAAAUAUAAUUCAGGUAGUGGCAAAGGCACCAGGGUUAACUACUU